GAAAACCGCUGCUGCUGGUCGGUCAAGUCCGUUGAUCUCAUCUCAGGCCUGAUCUGCCGAUACUGCAGGGAUCAGUGCAUUCUCAGGAGGAUUUUCACUGAUGAAGGCGCUGAUACUGCCGAUAUCGCUGCUCCUGGCGGUGUUUGCAUCUCAGCCGCUGUCAGCUUUCGUCAGCCCGCCCUCGCUUCUCUCUCAUCGCCUCUUGCAGAAGCACCGCGGCGCACCUUUUCUUCGGCAGACAACUCUGUCAAGCAGCGCUGUGAGCGCGCCACCCGGCGUGAAGCAGCAAGAGGGUGUGGUGGAAGCAGCGUCUGAUCAUGAGGACCUGCAGCGCGAGGAAUCGAGAAAGGCGGGGCACUACGGGUAGGUAUGCCUCACACGCGGGAAGGUCCGUCCACAGAGGGAGGUGUGCGUGUGUUGCGCUUUACACGUGUGUGUGUGUGUGUGUGUGUGUGUGUGUAGGUAUACAUACGACGACAUGAAAGACAUGGGUCCUCUGGAGAUGGCUGUCCCCGCAAACGGCUGGCGGAUCGGUGUGUGGAACUUCCAGCGGGAGUGGUUGGCAAUAAGGCGUGCGAUUCGGUACGGCGACAUGGCGCCAGAGAGCGGGUGGGCCAACGCACCAGGUGGCGACGGGCCGUUCGCCGGGCUGCUGAAUGUCCUGCGUCAGUGGGACAAAAACAUAGAGGACGUGCUGGCCACGUCAUUCAAUGUGCCCAGACUGACGCCAUCCAAGGUGCAGCACCCGACAGAUGAAGAAACCAUCCGACUGCGGCAGGUCAGCUCGGCGGCUUGCGGGGGCAUCAGUCGGUCGUUCCUUGAUUGACGGCUGGCUUGUGUUUGUUUCGACUUUUAUCUAUCAUCCAUUAGGAGUUGAGUCGAUUGAGUCUGGACGACGAUGGCGUGAUAAGGAGAGAGGAGGAGAGGGUGGAGAAGAUGAAGUUCCUCCUGGAGAAGUACAAGGACAUGGACACCUCCAAGUACCCAGCGGAUACCGGCCUGGAGAUCGACCUCCAAACCAUACAGACCUACUUUAACGCCCCCCUCCUUAUCAAGGUCCGACAGACAGACGGAACACACACAGCAGAAGCAGGAUCGUCUCGUGCGUGUGUCUUGCUGAUUGACUUGAUUCAGGUGCCGUAUCUGUUUCUGUGCUGGCUGUUGGACCGGCUGUACGCGGGGCGGCCGAUUCAGCGGUUCUGGACCCUGGAGACAGUGGCCCGCAUUCCCUACAUGUCCUACAUUUCCAUGCUCCACCUCUAUGAGACACUCGGUUAGUCAGUCACUGUGUGACGCAGGCAGGCAGGCAGGCAGCGGAGAGAGAACCGUGAUGGCUGAUGACAUGUAUGUGCACGUCUGUGUCUGUCUGUCUGUGUGUGUGAUCAGGUUGGUGGCGUGUGGGCGUUGAGGUGCGUAGGGUGCACUUCGCCGAGGAGUGGAACGAGAUGCACCACCUGUUCAUCAUGGAGAGCCUGGGAGGCGACCAAGCAUGGUUCGACCGCUUCCUCGCACGACACGCCGCCAUCGUCUACUACUGGGUAUUUUUCAGCUUAUAUGCCUGCGCGUGCACGCCCGCUUACGCGAUGCGUGGCAUGUAUAUGUGAUAUAUGUGUCUUGUCUGUAUGUCUGUUGGUGUGCAGGUGGUCAUCUUUCUCUUCCUGAUUUCGCCGACGUGGGCCUACAAUUUUUCAGAGCUGGUCGAGUGGCACGCUACUGACACGUACGCCGAGUUCGUCGAACAGAACAAAGACCGACUCAAACGGGUGGGUAUCCAUGUCCGACGACACCUCUGUCCGUGAGUGUGCCUGAUUUACGUAUGUGUGUGUGGAUGCUUCCCAUGCAGCUGCCGGCCCCUGCUGUAGCUUUGGAGUACUACAAUGGGGGUGACCUUUAUCUGUUCGAUGAGUUCCAGUCGUCCCGCCCGGCCGAGUCGAGACGACCAAACAUCGAGUAACUAACCUAACAGACAGGAGAGUGGACGAAUUCGUCUCGUAUGUAUUUGUCUUGUCUUUGCGUGCAUGUUUCUGCAUUUAGCAAUCUGUACGACGUUUUUGUAACCAUCCGUGACGAUGAGCUGGAGCACGUCAAAACCAUGUCCGCGUGCCAGCGGCUCGAGUCGGUACGCAUCAAAGUGACAUCCUCUGCAUCUGCUUGAUCCGAAUGUCAAUCAGUGUGUGUGUGUGCGUGUGUGUGCGUGUGUGUGACACACAGGCCAUGAAGUCGCCCAACGCGGCCGCUGCAGCCGCCGGCUUGGCGCCCUGGGCGGAGCCGGACAAGGAGGAGGAGCCCGCGGGGGCCAAGUGAGGGUUGAAUCCAUCGACCAGCAGGGAGGCUUUUUGUGUGAGUGUGUGAGUGUGAGUGAGUGGGUGAGUGAGUGAGUGAGUGUGCAGUAGAUGAGCGAGUGCAUGAGCUUUCGAUGACCAAAUCAAGCUGUGAGAGCCAGCCGUUUGGGCACAAAAUGGGAUGGAUGGAUGGAUGGAUGGAUGGCUGCGGGGAGUGAGUGCGUGUUGUUGUUUGUUCGUCUGACCCCCCACCCGAUGAUCGAAUGAAUGGAUGGAUGGAUGAAUGCCACCUUUUUUUCCCUUCCGUGCGUGGGGUGCGUGCGUCUGUCGUCCACUUUUCCCUCCCUCUCUCUGAGGUGACUGAUAUGCUGCGUGCAGUGAGUGCCUGCUCUACAUACAUACAUAUCCACCCGUCAAGUCCGGGUCGGUCCUGCCAUGCAUGUCGCAUGGUGUGCGUGUUGCAUAUGGGGUCUUCUUUGUCAUAUAUGGGAAGCUGAUGAUCAAUUGAUGGGCACCUAGCGCUCGUGAGGUAGCUGACUGACGUAUAUGUGGCGUGUGCGUCGAAUAGGCAGUGCAGUGUCUGUUGACAUUCGGGCGUGCCACUUUUUUGUAUGGACACUCGGUGUUACUUGCAAGGGAACUUUCACUUCAGUGCAGAUCGUUGUUCUUCCG